AUUAUUAAUGUAUUAUAUUAUUUGAUUUGGUUAAUUAUGUAUGGCAACGAAGAAAAUUGAUUAGUUCAUAAGUUUGUGCAUAAGGAAAAAGAUCAAUCAAUUUUCUUAUGCAUACGUUAAUGCACUUAUGCAAGUUUGUCUGAAUAUAUUCUAAAGGCGCAUCUUCUUUACGGCACAUAAUAUAUUCUAAAGGCGCAUCUUCUUUACAUAAUGCUUUAUUCAGACUGUUUGCAAGGUUUUGUGCAACAAAUUGGUAGACGGAAUGAUAAUCAUUUUGUCUGCCAAUUUACUAGUACACUACGCGUCAACGAUUUAUUCCAUUCUCUUAGCGAGUUUAUAUAGGAUAUGUUACAUAUUCUAUGUAAAUUCGCUAGGGGAAUGGAACAAACUGUUGACGCGCAGUGUACAGGAACCUGUAAACAAUUCAGCGAGAAAAAAAGCAUCGUGUGUCAUAGGCAUAAUAUAAAUUAUUAAUAAUUUUUGUUUGCAGGUAGUUUGUGAUCAUAAGCGUCUCUUUACACAUGUGUAUGUAGGGAACGUAGGUUCUGUACAUGAUGCACGUGUUUAGAUUAUCAGGCUUGCAAAACUACAUUUCAGACCCGGCAAAAUUUCCUUGCGAAAGCCAUUUAAUAGGAGACGCUGCGUAUCCCCUUUCAAAACGGUUAAUAGUGCCAUACACCGACAACGGGCAUCUCACACAACGUCAAAAAAAUUAUAAUUUUUGUCUUUCGUCUUCUCGUAUGACUAUUGAAAGAGCUAUUGGCUUGCUGAAGGGACGCUGGAGAAGCCUCCUUCAUCAUUUAGCUAUGGGAUCUGUCGAGCACAUUCCUUAUCAUUUUCUCGCAUGUUGUGUGCUACACAACAUAUGUUUGAUAAGAAAUGAUGAUCUAGAGAUAAUAAUAAAUAAUGAGGAACCAGCAUAUCCUUUACAAUUAGAAAUGGGAGGACACAAUAGAGGUGAAGCAGAGGCAAAAAGAGAUUUAAUAUGUCACACUCUUCGUAUGAGAGAUGUAUAA